GCGACACAACAAUCAACACCUAUUUGGCUUGGGUCCUUGAUGGUUCCGAGUCCCCCAAUCUCUUUACAAGUGCUGAAAUUUCGUGGGGUUCGAUCUUCUUUUCAACUGAAUACGUGGGUUUUUCCAAAGGAGGCGGGCAGUAAACAGAAGUUUAGGUCUUAAGGAGGUUCGAGUAGCCAAACUUUGUUUCUUCGUACCCUUUGAGAUGUUCUAAUGGUCCUCAUUUUCUAACUUAAACACACAAACAAAAAAUACUUUAUUUUUAAAUGGUUCAAAGAUGUAGCAUGUGGUGUUUUUCUAUCAAUCCUCAUGCUCAAAAACGAUAACUUGGCUUUGAUGCCAAAAUAAACUCGAGCCCUUAACGUUCCGAUUUCUUGGCAUUUGGGCCGCUCGAGGCUGGUGCGAGAUUUUCUAGACAAUCACUCGGUCGGAGAGGUUGCGAGAAUCCAGCUCGUUGGUUGUCCACCGUUACGAUGUCCAUGAGUAGUAUAGUCCAAAAGCUUAUGAAGUACUCUAAGAUGCAUUCAUUGACAAGACAAGUUGUGAUAGUAGAAUCUAUUUCCGCCUGAAGCUAUGAGCUAAAUCACAAAUCACUCCUCAAGCAUUCCCAUUUAUCAAUCACAUUUGCCCCAGCGAAUUCAGCUAUCAUGGCUAUUAAAGAGACUUGCCAGAAAUACAAACCACAAAUCCUCCUUUUCCUGGCAAUUUUCAAUCUGAUCUGGGUUGGAGUCAUAUUAGUUUGGAUUUUGAGCGACAAAUCUGCUUGCGACACAUUUCCCGGAUCACAAUCUUCGGUGUCAUUCAUCCCAGAAGAAGGAAACCGCAUAACUGUGGUCUAUAGAACAACUGAAGGUUUGGCCACCAAAGAAGACACCUCGGAA